AUGGCAGCACCACGUCCCACACAUCCACUAUUGUGUGAGACCAAUUCCACCCUUCUCUCCCAUCCAAACCAACAGCCACAGGCGGCAGCAUACGACCACACUCAAGAAGCAUUCUCAAUAUCCACCUCUCCACCAUCCCUCGCACCUUCAGCAUCCGCAGCGUCUCUCCCCCAACCACGCUCCUUUCUGGGCGAGACCACCGACAAAACCUCAUGGAACUACGUUCUGCGCUCAGGCUUCGCAGGCGGGAUUGCCGGUUGUGUCGCCAAAUCCGCCAUCGCCCCGCUCGAUCGAGUCAAGAUCCUCUUUCAAGCCCAGAACCCCGAGUUUCAAAAGUACUCGGGCAAGUGGCUAGGCGUCUUCCAAGCAGGACGAGACAUUGUUCGAUCCGAUGGACCUUGCGCUUUGUUUCAAGGACACAGUGCGACGUUGAUGCGAAUCUUUCCUUAUGCGGCCAUCAAGUACAUGGCUUAUGACAAGUUGCAUUUCUACCUAAUGCCUACCAAGGAGAUGGAGACCUCAGCGAGGUUGUUCUUGGCAGGCUCAGCAAGUGGUGUCUUGUCAGUGUUCCUCACCUAUCCCUUGGAAUUGAUCAGGGUUAGAUUGGCAUUUGAAACAAAGCGAAAGAGGCAGAAGGGCGGGUUGAGGAGGAUUAUAGCAAUGAUCUAUCGAGAAGGAGCAACCGAAGCACCAUUCAGUAGUGACGCCCGCAAAAGAGCGGCAAGGAUGACACAGCAAGCCUACCUUUCCACCUCCGCCACCGCAGCUGUAUCAGGCUCAAGUUCAACCAGCACUUUGCAAUCUGCCCUUCGCGCAACAGAUCCACACCUCCCAUCAUCCGCCGUACCAGCAGGAAAUAAACUGCUAUCCAAACAUCCCAUCCUCAAAUUCUACCGAGGCUUUAGCGUAACUGUAAUGGGAAUGAUCCCUUAUGCUGGAACAUCUUUCCUUGUUUUUGGCCGAUGUAAAACUCUUCUCCAGGAUUUGUUCCCGUCUUCAGAACCAUCAGCAGAUACUUGGGGAAGUAGAAGACAGUGGUAUUGGCCGAGCAAAACUCUUGUCGAUCUCUCAGCGGGAGCUCUCGCAGGUGCGCUCUCACAAACAGCAGCAUAUCCAUUUGAAGUGAUAAGAAGAAGACAACAGGUAGGAGGCAUAAUUAGACCAGGCGCCAUGUUGGGAAUGUGGGAAACAGCAGGAUGGAUUUAUAAAACCAGUGGUUGCAGAGGCUUUUACGUGGGCUUGACCAUUGGCUUUCUCAAGGUGGUUCCAAUGACAAGUAUAAGCUUUGCAGUUUGGUUGGGGAUGAAGCGACAGAUGGGGAUUUGA